UCCACUUCCCGCCAUGCCCGUACCGUACGCAUGAAACAUUAUAUAGUUCCUCAUCUCUUAAACCCUAAAACCCUAGCCGCCAAAAGGUCAACAGAACCCUGAACAGCCACCAGCAGGGAGAUGGACCCGAAAACAGUGAAGUCAGACCUAGUCCUCAUCCUAGACUAUGGCUCGCAAUACACCCACCUUAUCACCCGCCGUAUCAGGUCCCUCUCCGUUUUCUCUCUCUGCAUCUCCGGCACCUCUUCUCUGAACACCAUCGCUGACCUCAAUCCCCGUGUUGUCAUUCUCUCCGGAGGUCCCCACUCGGUCCAUUCUUCCAACUCUCCGACUUUUCCUUCCGGCUUCGUCGAGUGGGCCCAAUCCAACGGGGUGUUUGUUCUAGGUGUCUGCUAUGGCUUGCAGUUGAUCGUGCAAAGAUUGGGGGGUGAGGUCAGGAUUGGGGAGAAGCAGGAGUAUGGAAGGAUGGAGAUUGAAGUAGAGAAGAAUCUUGGGAUUUUUGGGUCAAAGAAGGUUGGGGACAAGCAGAUGGUUUGGAUGAGUCACGGAGAUGAGGCGGCGCGGUUGCCGGAGGGGUUCGAGGUGGUGGCCAGGAGCCAACAGGGGGCGGUGGCUGCCGUGGAGAAUAGGGAGAGGAGGUUCUUUGGGCUCCAAUAUCAUCCAGAAGUAAGUGGGUUUGAUUUGGAUAUGCUUCAUUUUCACAUAAUGGGAAAAUUGAUUGGGAUUCGGGUUUAUGUAUUUUUUAUUUUUGAUGAUAUGUUGGUGAUUAACUUGCUUUUGGCGUGAGCUGGAACAACGUAGUGACUGUUGACCAAUUACAAUCGUUUAUGGUUUAUUUCGUUAUUUUGCAACUGGUAUAACAAAAUGGCUUCUUUAUGGCGGCUUCAAUGGCGUGCCAUACGGUUCUCUUGAGUAGGGGACAGAAUGUGAGAUCCGUUUUUUUUUUUGGCUAGUAGUAUGAGAUGAGGAUUUCAGUAAUUG